GUGCAAAAAAUAAAAAUUGCACAGGCAAUCAAAUAACACCAAAAGAAAGCUCUAUUUUUGGGGAAAAAAGGACUUAAAUUUCAUUUGGGUGCAGCAUUGCAUGACUGCGCAAUUGGCAGUUAAAGUAAUGCAGCGCCGUAACCAGGGGCGGACUGACCAUUUGGAAACUCGGGCACUGCCUGAGGGCCCAGGGUCAGUAGGGGGCCCCAUGAGAUGCCCCUGGUACCUUUUUCAUAGGGCUUUUUUGAGUUUGGGCAAGGACACAGGGGCCCCAUGAUCCCCUCUUGCCCGGGGGCCCCAUGAGUUGUCAGUCCG